AGCCGAUUCAAGUCAAAACGUUAUUUAUAAAAAAUAAGCCACGUGCGAUUCGGAAGCAGACGUAUUGUAAUAACCCUGAAAAUGCAUAAGGACAUUCUAUAAGCUCAAUUUAAUUGGAGAUGAAAUUUCGAUACUCGUACACUAAUGUCGUUUAAGACGAGUGGAUUUAAGCGGUCAGCUGUUCACCGGGGAGAAAAAGAUGGAGCACAGGUGACAUAUGUGUGGACCUUGGGGCGCGAGUUUAUUAAUCGUUUGUAAUUCAGUUAAUAUAAUCCCCAUGAAAAGAUAAGUAGGCCCGAGUGAUGACGCGAUACGUGACGAAAAUUUGACGGCAAUCAUCCCCCCGUCGGACCUUCGUUAUUUCCUUAAUUUCGUGGAUAAUGACCAGUGGAGAACGCGACACAAGUCCGCAAAGAAAUGGUGAUAAUUUGCGGCCGACCAAUGAUUCAGGAAGUGAUAACGUGGUCCAAACAUCACUCGCAACGAGCUCCGCACUAGAAGAACGAUUAGCCUCGAAAAUGUUACACUAUGGCAAAGAAUUAUGUUUCUUUGCUGCAAUAUUAUUCACCACCUUAGCUGCUCUUCACACUUCGCCACCAAAAGUGUCACAACCUCCUUCAGCUCGGCCAUUCUUUAACCAAAGCUCGCUGGUUUUGGAUUUUUACAAAGGUCAUUUAGGCGCCGCUAUUGAAAGAGUCACAGAUGCAGAUCUCAGUUUUGUUAUGUACUACGCACCAUGGGAUGCCGAGAGUCAAGCCGUUAGACAAGAGUUUGAAACUGUGGCACGUUUUUACCACAAACAGAUAUUUUUUGCAGCCAUUAAUUGCUGGCACCCGGGUUCAGAAUGCCGGGCUGAAUACAGCAAGAUUCAGAGCUACCCAGUCUUUAUGCUCUAUCCUAGGCGAGGACCUGGUGUUCAGUACAGAGGCAUUCGUACUGCACCGUACAUGAUACGCUUCCUUCACGCAUUUAUGAACCCAAUAUUCAGAAUAACAGACAGAAAUCAGCUCCUGAACCUGAUUGUAGACUAUGACGCCGUGGUGAUAGGUUACUUUAAUUUUAUCGGACUGAAAAACUCACCGGGAUACAAUGUCUUUUACAAAACGGCAAUUAAAUCACUAGAAAGAGAUCCUAACAAAGAGUUAGCAUUCGCAGUGGUUACUGACACUUCUGCAGAAUCUAAUUACGGAGUUACGGAAUUUCCUUCUGCUAGGUUGCUACUUUGGAACGAGUCAUUGAGUUAUCCUAUGGAAAAUGAAUGGAAAUCUGAUAGUUUACUGAAGUGGAUUGGCGGAGCACUGCAUCAAGCUACUCUUUGGCUGCAACCCCCAGGCACCAAGUCGCUCACACUAGCGCCAUAUUUGAAGGAUGGACCAGUAUUGUUUCUAUUUACACCCAGGAACCCAUUUCAUCGAUAUAACUACUACUAUAAUUUGUUGAAAGCAAUUGGAGUACAGUAUUAUAAUUGCGGCGACAACUUGAUGAUCGAAGACAUAGUGAACCACCUGGAGUCUGUUCGUCCCAGGGAAAAAGCAAAGCAUUAUGAAAAAAGUAAGCAGUGUAUGCGCCUUUUAGAUAGAAACAGGGUUCAACAACUGGUUCCAAAAAUGAGUAUUACCGACCGACAGUGGAUAAACAGCAGCUGUUGUUCUCAAAUUUUAACUAACAAGUGUUUAAUGUGCAAGAAGACAACCUCUGUGUUGCUUAAAAAUGAGGACGCGGUAUGUGCUGCAAAUUUGAACAGCUUUUAUCACAGCUGUAAGCCAACAGAUGUCUUUAACGUACCGACAAAAGAGGGAGAAGAACACGAAACAAACGAAUUUUGUUGUGAAAACCAUGACAUGAUGGAAGAUCUCGAAACUUCUACUUUAACAGAAGAAAAUGACUUGCAAACUCCAAAUGCUUUGUCUGAUUACAUUCUAAAAGAUGAAUGCAGACACUUACUAACUGGGAAUAAUUAUCACCCACCAGUAUUUCCGAAAAACUUACCUCGCGAUCAUCAGAAAAUUAAUUUAACAUCUUCUAUAUGCAAGACUAACAAAACAUUGGCUUUGAUAGCUGUUGAUAGCCUACAGUUCUUUCAUAUUGCUGAGGGGCUGGGCAUUGAUGUUGCAAUAAAGAAAGAUAAAACUGCUGUGGCUAUUGUAGACCCUCUGCAAGAGAGCCAAUACAUUUUGGAGCAAGCUGUGAGCUAUAACUCGCUUGUACAAUUCAUAAACAAUUAUACCGAGAAUUCAUUAAAACGAUAUUUAUGCUCACAUAGCCGUUUGGAAUCAGUAAAGAGUUCUAAAACACAGCAGGAAUGCAGUGUCAGCGAAAACUCUGUAAUCUGUGUUCCAGAGUUAACAACCGAUACAUUUUUGAAUACUGUUAUGAACCCUGACAAGGAUGUAGUAGUGAUGUACCAUUCGCCUUAUUGUGCAUUUUGUCAUGCAGUGUCAUACGUGUAUCUAACAGUGGCACAGUACUUACACAACAUGCAAAAUCUAACAUUUGUGCGUAUUAACGGAGAUGGAAACGAUCUGCCGUGGGAAUAUACAAUGAACCGAUAUCCAGCCAUUCUCUUCUUCCCUGCUAAAAGAAAAGCAGACAGCAUCGUAUUUCCGUUCUCUCUACCAAUCAGCAUUCCAAAUUUCCUCAACUUUGUUCUUGCCAACUUGGAUGGCAAUGCACACAUUGAAGCCUUGGUGAACAUCUGCCACCUGGGAAUAGGAGAUUCGCCAGCUGACUGUGUAUCCCAAAUUAGGCUUCUUUGUUUAGAAAUAAUCGAAGACUUACUUCAGAGCUACAGAAGACUGCGACGAAGUUUAGUUAGUGCUACAAAUAAGACUGUCACAAGUAAGAAAUUGAAAGUGUUACUAUUAAGGUUACAACAUAUUAAAGAAAUUCAUUUGACAUUGGGGUCAAUCAGCGAUCUACGAAUUGACGAGGACAAGGUUAUCUUAAUUCGAAAUAAGUUUAAGUCGUAUUAUCAAGAGCUAUCAGCUCUUGACAUAGACAAUAGUGUAGAUAGGAAGGUCGUCAGUGACAAGCAUGUAAAUAUUAGCAAUGUAAGUAAACUUGGACAUGAGUUGUGAUAUUCGCUCACUCACUCUAAACAAAUUUGAUAUUCGGUUUGUGAGCACUUUCGUUUCCAUCAUGUUUCGUUAUAUCUUUGCCUCCGACCAUUGCUCAGUAGCAAAGACACUUCAAUUCAAAUACUACCCAAAGUUUCCGUAUUGACUUAUCGAUGUGACUUGCUGCUGGAUUAUUCACAAUCGCGUCACUUUAAACUAAUUUCAAUGACUGAAAAAAUUUGCUGCGCAACGAUACAGUGACAUAUCAAAAUCUGAGAUCCUGAGUCUUUACAUGUAGGAAACAUUCCAAUUCAACUCUGACGUGAAUUUUCUCUUGGGGAUAUAUUUAUAAAACAAUUAUUAAUGAGGCUAAAGUUAGUAACGUUAAAGUAACGAAACAUCACUGAAAAAAUCAUUGUUGCGCAAUUUUAAAAUGACUUUAAAGGAGUUGGUUUCGCAGAAUAUGACUAUAUUUUAUUUAUUAUGGUUUAUUCAAUUUUAGACAUUCGUAAAGGUACAAAGUAACGACUUUUUCUCUGCAUGCAUCGUUACAGUAAAGUUACUAACUUUAUCCUGAUAAUUACUGAAAUGACGUGUUAGAUUUAAAAUUCGACACAAUACGGUGACUGACAUGUCAUAAGUAUUUUUUCUCUUGCUAUACCAAAUCCUGGGUGAGUCUUUUAUUUAUUUACUCUUAUUUUUUCUUUUCACGUUUUCACUGAAGUGUACAACUGGAUAAAAAAGUUGAGAAAAAUAAAUAUUCGCUGUAAGAUAAUACUUAAUCAUACGUAUCGUUUAAAAAAAUAGAUCUGAUUCUUGAUUGUUGCAGAGAUUGAAGAGAAAUUUAAGUUUCCAUUCUUUUUUUUUUUGUGUCUAACCAUUUCUUGUUGUUCCUCACAUUAUAAUCACAAUAAAUAUUCCUAAAGUCGCGAGAUUGGGUUAUACAAUGCGAAUUUUCGUCUCUCUGAUAUACAAGAAUGAUUAGUGGAAAUGAUUCGGAUGAAUAUGUAUUUGAAUUUUGAGAACACCUUAUCUACCAUAUUAUCAAGUCUGAAUCAAGUAAAUAAAUUCACCAGCGUCUGUUGCUGAGUGGCGAGUGUAACUGUACAUGAACUGCGUGAUAUAUUUUGUUACUUCAGUUUGUAGUCCCUGAUAACAGCUGAUCCUGUUAUAACCUUAUUAUAUUUCGCCACAGUUUUAUAUAAUAUAUCGAAUAAUAUAUUUUUAACGUUUGUAAAUUGAUGUAAAUAUCGUUGUUAUUAAUUAGUAAGAGUUAUAAGAAAAGAUGGUGUUAAUAUAUAAAA